CAAGUAGUCGCUCAUUAUUUUAUUUCUUUUCAAACAGAUUGGCAAUAUCAAGUUGCUCAGACCUUCCCACAAACAGAAGAGGAGGUGAAAGUGGACACACAUGCAUUCAGCCACCGGUGGAAAAGGAACUCAGAUACCCUCAAGGCAGUGGACACAAACCGAGCAAGCACAGGCCAGGACUCCCCAGAGCCCAGGGGCUUCACAGACCUGCUCCUGGAUGACGGGCAGGACAACACCACCCAGAUCGAGGAGGACACAGAUCACAAUUACUAUAUAUCUCGGAUAUAUGGCCCAUCUGAUUCUGCCAGCCGGGAUUUGUGGGUGAACAUAGACCAAAUGGAAAAGGACAAAGUGAAGAUUCACGGAAUACUGUCCAAUACCCAUCGGCAAGCUGCAAGAGUGAAUCUGUCCUUCGAUUUUCCAUUUUAUGGCCAUUUUCUACGUGAAAUCACUGUGGCAACAGGGGGUUUCAUAUACACUGGAGAAGUCGUACAUCGAAUGCUAACAGCCACACAGUACAUAGCACCUUUAAUGGCAAAUUUUGAUCCCAGUGUAUCCAGAAAUUCAACAGUCAGAUAUUUUGAUAAUGGCACAGCACUUGUUGUCCAGUGGGACCACGUACAUCUCCAGGAUAAUUACAACCUGGGAAGCUUCACAUUCCAGGCAACCCUCCUCAUGGAUGGACGCAUCAUCUUUGGAUACAAAGAAAUUCCUGUCUUGGUCACACAGAUAAGUUCGACCAAUCACCCAGUGAAAGUGGGGCUGUCUGAUGCAUUUGUCGUUGUCCACAGGAUCCAACAAAUUCCCAAUGUUCGAAGAAGAACAAUUUAUGAAUACCACCGAGUAGAGUUACAAAUGUCAAAAAUUACCAACAUUUCAGCUGUGGAGAUGACCCCAUUACCUACCUGUCUCCAGUUUAAUGGUUGUGGCCCUUGUGUAUCUUCUCAGAUUGGCUUCAACUGCAGUUGGUGUAGUAAACUUCAAAGAUGUUCGAGUGGAUUUGAUCGCCAUCGACAGGACUGGGUGGACAGUGGAUGCCCUGAAGAGUCCAAAGAAAAGAUGUGUGAGAACACAGAUCCAGUGGAAAGUUCUUCUCAGACCACCACAACCAUACGCGCGACAACCACACAAUUCAGGGUCUUAACCACCACCAGACAAGCAGCGACAUCGCAGCUGCCCACCAGCCUGCCCACAGAAGAUGAUACCAAGAUAGCACUUCAUCUAAAAGAUAAUGGAGCCUCUACAGAUGACAGUGCUGCUGAGAAGAAAGGGGGAACCCUGCACGCCGGCCUCAUAGUUGGAAUUCUCAUCCUGGUCCUCAUUAUAGCAGCAGCCAUUCUUGUGACAGUCUAUAUGUAUCACCAUCCGACGUCAGCAGCCAGCAUCUUCUUUAUCGAGAGACGCCCCAGCAGAUGGCCAGCGAUGAAGUUUCGAAGAGGUUCUGGCCACCCCGCCUAUGCCGAAGUUGAACCAGUGGGAGAGAAGGAAGGUUUUAUUGUAUCUGAGCAGUGCUAAGAGUUCUAAGACAGGACAGCACCAGUGCUGGUUUACAGGUGUCAUGACUAAAGUUUGCCUAUACCUUUAAGACACACACACACACACACACACACACACACACACACACGUGCGCGCCCUAAGCUGCUGUAGCUGGAAGGAGACAAGAUUUCUCGACAAGCCCAACCCAGGAAGGGUAAAAGAAAAACUAAAACUUCCACAAGAUACUAUUGACCACUCAGAACCUCUCUUCUGGACUUACCGGAAUUAUGACAAGACUACAAUGCCAUUGGCUUAGGUGUAGGGUUUUAAAGGGAUCGAGAAAAAAAAAACAAAAAACAAUAAUAACAAAGCUUUCGUUUAUGAGGGAUCUACACCUCUGGUUCAAAUAUUCUUUUCUGAUGUCUCAAAGAUAACUGUGUUCCAAAGCCUGAACCCUUUUCACUCAAAAGAGCAAUGAUGAAUGUUUCAAGAUUGCUGAGGAAAAAAUAGCUCAUGCAGGAUUAAAAAAAAAAAACUCAAAAUAAGAGCUUUUCUAUCUUUUCACCAGAUAUGUGGACAAAGGGUUUUGUUUUUCCUGGUAUAGAUCCACCUGUUCCAACAAGUUCUUUAUAGGACGAAUCUUUUAUCUACACAGGAGGUGUAAAACUAGGCCUCCCUCUUCCUUGUUCACGGAUGCCCUUUCUGUGAACUGCGAUGGAAUUUUCAAACGUUGAGCUAAGGAUUAGGAAAGAGGGAGUGGCAGAGGAAGCCCUCGUUUCUUCCCCCUCAGAAUAAAGCUUCUGAUGUGUUUUAUGAAGCAUCGCCUCCAUUCCCCAACCGUGAAGUCCUAUGAAGCCACAGUUGCUCUUGGCUGAAGGAAACAAAAGGCUGGAGAGUCCUUUAAUCAUUUUUGAACCAAAAAUAUUAAGGGAUUCUAAACAUGUGGUGUUUUUUUUUUGUUUUUUGCUGUUUCGGUACUAAAGGCCCAUUUCAUUGUCAAUUCCUGUCUAAGAAGCCAUUCAAGUCAGCAUAUCCCUGGGGAUAAAGAGAAUGAAAGAACCCUGCUGAACCAUACAGUAAUUUUCUUUAAAGCACAUAGUAGUUACAUAAAUAUAUAUAUAUAUAUAAAUAUAUUUUUGUUUAUGAACUAACACAAGGCAGGCUCUUGUGACUCUAAGAGUGCAUUUUGUCAGACAAAACACACAAGGUGCAUUACUGCAUACUUCCAUAGAGUUGUAAAAUAAUCCUUAAUAUUAGAAUAUUUUUAUGUCACUUAGCAAAAGGGGUUCAAUUAGUUGCAGUGCCCAUCAUUUCCUGCCUAUUUGAGCCAUGCUUUCAUUCAGAUCAACCCCGUCCCUCCCGGGCUAAAUAAAGCCGAUGCCAAAAGCUCCUUAAUGGAGCUGCCAUUUGCGCUGUAAUCACGAUCCAGAUUCUGAAAUUUCCCCCUGAACCAAGAAAGAAAAGGCAUCCCUUUGAGGUGGAAAGUGGUUAAUUUAAAUAUAUAUAAAUGUAUACUGAGCUCCUAAAGUUUAAAAUUCAGGUACUGUGUAUACAAUCUCAUCAACAUCUCGACCCAUGAAACUUACAUCCUGUGCCAAGAAGCUGUGGGUUCUUGUAGGGUACAGUGUCUACCAUUUGCAGAUUCGGGUAUCGAAAAGCAGAGAUCUUUUAAAUAGCACUUUACUAACAGUUUAGCAUCUGUACACAGUGUCUACAUUGGAAGACAUCAGUCCACUAACAGAGUAUCAUAUUUAUCUUCACAAACGUCUGAUGUAAACUAGUGACAUUUUCCAUCACAUGGAUUUUGCUUUACAUUUUAUAAGUACCUGAUGAGGGUGGUAAUUUUUCCCUAAACUGCUUAGUUAAUAAUUGCAAAAAGAAAAAAAAAUUGACAAGCAAGGUGAUUGAAGGAUGUGAUGACAAUCUCUCUGCUGUAGCUUCGUUCAAUUUAUAAAAAUAUCCCAACUUGUUUCUUGUGGAGCAGGCGUGAUCAGGUAGUGAUAACCAAGUGACUUGCCAAUGUAACUGGUGCAACUGGUAUUCUACAGAGACAUAAGGGACACAUAGACGAUUCCUUUUAGGAUAAGAUGACGCUUCUUUCACUAGCUUUCGUGGUAGGUGUGGCUUCUAAUAGCAGUGGAUUGACAGUUAUAUAAAUCCUGCAUAUAUAUCCACAUCCUUACACAAUUCUUUGAAGUAGUAAUAUUAUCUUUGUGCCUCCCAUCUUCCAUUUUUGAUUCAAAAGAAUUGGCAAUUUUGUUGAAAAGCGUAAACCCCUCUGAAUUGUUCAGUGAACUAAAGCAUGAAGUAAUAGGGACAACUUAUCAGAAGUAAAAAGGCUACUGAAGUGUGGGAAGACUUUCUGAAAGAACUAGGAGUUAGAGGUAGUUAGACAUUUCUGUUGUGUAUGAAUCUUUCAGUUGUAAGGGGAAUGGCUGGCUGAAAUCUUGUUUCAUGAAACCUUCAUUCUAUUUUAUUUGUCUGCUUUGUUCUUAGUGCUUAUUUACUGCAAAGGAAGAGCAAACAUAUGCAGUUGCUGGAAGCUCAGAAUAAAUGCUGAUGCUUUGAACUUUACAUAUAUUAUGUAUUAGAAAGGGUACAACUGUACACUACUUAAUAUAUUAAUACUAUGAACGUAGUAGAGGGAGAUUAACAAAAACAAUUUAAAAAUUAAGACCAGCAAAGAAACACAUACAAACUCCUGGAGAAAUCAGGUAAACGGUGCUAUAGAGGAAGUUAAUUAUUUCAUCUUAAUUGUUUGUAAAACUAAUAUUCAAUGGUUAGAUAAAAGUGUUAAAAGACAAAAAAAGAAAGUCUCUUAAGCCAACCAGAUAGCAGCAACCACAAUGUUGGAUUGUUUAUGAAGGGUUUGGACAUUCCCAUUGUCACAGGAAAUUCUAUUACACAGUGCUGUAGAGGUCUUUCAUUGUAAUUCCCUCUCCUUAAAGGAAAAAGGAGGAGGGGGGAAAAGAGAAGGUUUUAUAGUUCUUGGCCAUAUCUAAGCAUUUUGAUCUCAGGCAUGAUGGAGUAGUGAAAAACAUACCAUCUGACCCAGUUUUGAGUAUCCACUGUGUUAUUGUGGGAAAAUCACUUUACCCUCCAUGAGUCUCAAUUUGGGAAAAUAAAUUUUUUUUUAUCCUGUCUUCCUUGCAAGCUUAUUAUUAUGCAGAUUGACCAAAUGUACAGAUGUACAGACUUAUAAAACCUUACGUCAACAUAACCCGAAUAAAGCACAGCUGUUGGCCCGGUAGCAACACAUAUUUGCUUUUAGAGAACAACAGUCCAUCACUCCACAAAGCAGUCAAAGGCAAUCAGAUCAAUACAUGUUUUGAGAAAAUGCCAAAGGAGAAUACAUUCAAAACACCCAGCAAAAUUGCUUAAAUUCCUUUCUUCCCAUCUGAAUAUUUUCUCUUAAUAUUUCCUCUGCAUAACAUCUCUCCUCUCCUACACCAAAGUCCCCUAAUUGCAUCCUUCACCUGGCUCUGAUCUUUAUUAUGUAGUCACUUAGCCUCUGUAUUUUCCUCUGAUUUCCCAAUUUAUUCUUCAUAGCAAAGGGAGGCCCAGGAGCUGACCAGUAGGCUUCUCUUUAGAAGGAAAUGCCUCAAACAGAAGUAACUUCAAAUAUUUCUCUUAUCCCUAUAACACAAAUGUAAGGGGCUAUCACAAUUAAAAUAUAAAUAUGUGGAACUUAAUUUUAAAUAUAAAAAUUGGCAAAUGUCAACUAUAAAAAAAGGCAUAUUAAUUAAAAUUAAAUUAUGCUAAUAUGCAAAUAGCAUAUAUUCUCAGUUAGUAUAACAUUAACUUUUUGGCAAAAAAAAAUCUUGUACUAUUUUUUCAUUCUGAAGGAGCAUAAAUUUGGUGUUGCCCCUAGGAUAUAUUGUCCAUUUGAGAAAAAGUUUUGCUAGAAGCCAUGCCUUGGUUCAAGAUGCUUCCAUUCCAUGAUAAGCAAUGAAUAUUUAAAUAAGACUAACUGAAAAAUAGAUCUUACGGUUACAGUAUUUUCCUCCUGUGAAAUGUUAUUUUGCUUUGUAUUUCCUCAGGCAUUUUUUCAGAUGUUUUAUUACAACAUGCUUUACUAAUUUCAAAAGAUUACUCUUGCUUUUUCUCUCCCACCUGCUUUUGCAUCUGCAUCCAUAUGCCGGAAUCAAGGGAGGUCAUCUAAUUCCAACUUUUCAUGUCACAGAUCAGAAAAUUGAGGCCCAGAGAGAUAAAGUAAUUUUCCAGUGUCAAAACCGGGUGUUGAACUUGAAAUUCCUCUUGGGUUAUUUCUGUUCUACAUCUCCUUGCCUACACCACUUUGUCAUCAUUUAAGCAGCUCAGAAGGCACAGUCCAUCUGAAAGCUAGCUUUCUUUGCUCUAUCGACUAUCGGCUCUGCUCUAUGACAUGGAACAGUGGACCGAUCUUCCUCUGUGAUGUUGCUGUCUUAAGAAUGGUGCCGUUUUUAUAACAACCAGUGAUUUCAAGCUCUAGCAAUUAUAGGAUCUGUAUUUGGUUUCUCACAUUCUUUCCUUCCAACCCUACCUGUCUGUGGUCAUCUAAGUUAGCAAUACUAUUUCUCUUUUGCCAUUUAUAAUUUUUCUGCUUUUGUUUCAUUUCGCCCCAGUGUACCUGACAAACGAAUAAUCUUCAUAGCAGGUUUCCGUACCAUAUAUAUAUAUAACCACAGUUUUUAUUUGCUUAUUAAACUGUCUGUACUUUUUGUCCUUAGAAGGUUUUCAAAGCAAAUAUGAUGAGGUGUGUAGCAUUACCUAUUAUGUAAAUACUCAUAUUACAUUGUGUUUGUAAAGCACUUUACAUUUCGCAGAGCACUUUGAUUCAUCCCUUUAUUUGUUCAUUCAUUUAAUCAGUCAAUCAGCUUAACUAUUUAUUGAGCACCUACAGGAACCAAAUUACUGUGCUACAUCUGUGGCAUAUAGUGAUAAAUACAAAUAGUGAAAGAUUGGCGAUGUCCACUGAUAGUUGUAGUAUGGUGACAUCCUCAAACACAAGUUGGCAACUAGGCAAAAUCAAUAUUACUCUAUUCGACUUCCAUUCCUAUUUUCUAUUCUACUUACAGAGGGAACUGUCAAGUACUUGCCUAAAGAAUGUUUCUGAAAUAUGAUGCAUCAUUGCACAUCUGUGCUGUUUGCUCUAUUUCACAUGAUCUGUGUUUUCAUUGAUGAGAAGAAAAGUUACUCAUCCAAAGUUGUCCCAGACCAAGGGGGACUUUCCAGGCCACUUGAAUUCUUUCUGACCAGAUGUAAUAGUUCACUUUCUUGCACCAGUAUAUCUGUUGUGCCUUUCUGAAUUAUCAACAUCAGUUUUAAGGUAUUCUAGAAGCACCAGUGUGUCAAAAAAGCAUUUGCACUUUAGGUGUGUGUGGUUGGUUGUCACUUAUUCGACUGUCUCAGGUUUCCUCAACCUCAGCACUGUUGACAUUUUGGGACCCAUUAUUCUUUGUUGGGGGAGGGGAGGAGCAGUCCCAUGCAUUGUAGGGUGUUUGGCAGCUUCCAGGGUUUCUAUUGACUAUGCGCCAGAAGCUCGCGCUCACACACACCCCAGUUGUGACAACUAAAGACAUCUCCAGACAUUGCCAAAUGUCCCCCGAGGUGGGAUUGGGAAAUCUACUGGAUUAGCUAGUGAGCAAAAUAUAGCAGGAGAAAACAAGGAAUAUUUCUUUUACCCUUGUCACUUAAUCUUCCUCAUAAGUAGGUUUUUGUUUACAGUAAGACUUGGAAUCCUAAACUCUUUGCAUUAGAAGGGACUGUAAAGGUCACAAUUUCAAACACAACCCAACAUCAUUCUAAUCUAUUUCUCCAUCUCUCGGUUUUACAAAUUUAUUGAGAGAAGAUCGGAAGAUUGGUUAUCGCUGAAAAUUUGGGAAUUGACUUUUUCGUAGCCAGAGAUACAGUUGUUUGGCAAUUAUAUUUGCUGCUGUGAUAGCUGCUGUGGUGAUUUUUGCUUCACUUUGGGUACUUGGUGUCACAGAACUUCAGUAUCUUAGAGACUUUGAGGAAUUUUCUUUUGGUCACUUCACACAUCUACAAAUCUUGCUCCUUUGUCUUUGCCUUCCAAAUGUGCAGAGAAGUUGAAGUUUGUUGCUUCUAAUUUUAAGUAUAUCUGGAUGAGCUUUCUAUUUCUCAUACUGAUUUUUUUUUAUUGUCCCUCUGUGUGUGGGGGGGGGAACAAAAACAAAAAACAAUUGACUGUCCCAAGUAAUUGCAAAUUGGAAAUCUCAGAGUUGGAAUAUUUAAAUCUAUCAAGCCAAAGUUUCCGCUGAUUUGAUGUGCCUUAUGUCAGUUUUCCUGUAGGUUCAGUGAUUUCUGAUGGAUAACUCUGAAUCCCAUCCAUUUGUACUUGUGUCUGUUCUGCACCAGUUAAAAGCUUGAUGAAAUUAUACAAAGACAGUCUCUUAGAAUAUUCCCAGAAAUAACAGCAAACCCCUUACUGGAAUAUCAGGUUUCUCUUUAUUCCGUUGCUAAAAGGCCAGCCUAGACUUAGAAAGCAUUCCUAAUUAUUGACUACAAGUUAUUAGUAUGGAUACACAAUUGAAAGCCUUGAUUAUGAAGUCUAAAGGUAUAGAAUAUUGACAAGCACACCCAGAGUGAGCUCUCAUAAGACAAUCAUGGAAAUCAGAAAACCAUCACCUAGGAGACCCUCAAGUGUGUAUAUAAUUUUCUACUCUACUACUGUCAUGUCAGACAAUGUGGUGUUACUUAACGUUUUGAUCCAGUUGCUCUUCAGUUCAACUUAAAUUAUAAUACAAUUACCUAAUUUUUGCCUCACAUAGCUUUUAAACCAUCCAGUGCCCACUGCUCUCACAAUGAUAAUGGCAAAGAAAUAAGGUGAUAAUUAUGAGGGCAAAAUUACACGAUUUCUUGAAUCGGUUCUCCAUAAAAGUUUAUGGAAUACAUGAUCAUUGGCUUCUCACUGCUAAUUCUUGUUCAUUUCUGGAUCACUGUCACACUAAACGACUGAUUCUGUUACUUUAAAUCCAGAAGAAAAGGCUGGAAAAAAAUUAAUGCAAAUCCUAUGCUGGUACUCAUAGUUUUCUUUCUAAGAUUUAUUAACAUUUGAGAAUUACUAAAAAAAUUCUCUCCUAAUGAAAUACAGUCAAAAUUUUUGAUGUGACAGUGACUUGUUGAUUUUUAAAAAUAGCCCCUCUUUUCCCUAGCAUUACAAAAAAAUAUAUAUACUUUCACAUCACUUACUCAUCAUGCAGCUAUAAACCUUUUGUGCCUAUGGACUAGAUACAUAGCAUAAAGCUAAUUUUAGAAGUUUGCUAUGUGGGGAGAGAUAUAGACAUGGGAGUGAGUGGAUGGGGAUAAUUCACAGAACAAAAUAAAGAUCAAAAUAUGCUAUGAAGCAGUCUUCAACUUCUUCAGAGUAAUGUGGAAAUAAAUAUUCAGUGAGAAUCAACUCAAAUUUAGGUCAUUCAGACACUGAGGCACAGAUCCUGCAAGUUAUGCUAGAAAUGUGACAUACAGAAAAUAAAGGAUGCCCCCCAAUUAAUCUAAAAAUCAGCCAUCAUGUCCUGGGGCACCAAUCCUGAUAUCACUGAGGACUUUGCUCUAGGGAAUUGGGUUGCUUAUGGUCAGGUAAUGACCAAACAAGAGACUUUCCAUUUAUCUCCCUGUGACUUACAAGGCAUGCUCUUUUCUUCCCUUAUACCAGAGACCAUGAGAUAGCCAACCACACACUAGCAAUAAAUACCAUAAAAAUAAAAGGAAUUUUUCUGAGGACAGGAUAAGAGAGGGCACUGGGAACUGGGAACCCACAGCUGUAUCUCUAUGAAGUUUGACCACCUCAGGACCCAGACCCAAGGACUGUUGUCUAGACAAUGCGGUCGAGUCUAAGCAACCAUUUUAAAAGCAUUUGAACAAAAACAUACUCUGAUUGUCAUAUUUGUAGCAGGGCAAUAAAAACUCAAAUUAAGUGUCCUUUACCAGGCUCCUCUGAAAAGACCAUUAAGUUGAAAUCAGAGCUUCCCUUGCUAAGAAAUGUUAAAAUCAUUUUAGGGAAAUGAAUUUUCUUUAGACACAGGCAUUUUGUGUAUAUCAUAACACAGUCUCGGGGCUCUAGCUGGGAGGGGGAAAGUCUUUUCAUAGGUUGGUCAAAACAAAUCUUUCAUUUGCCUCAUUUGAGGCCUUUGGACAGUGCCUGGGAAGUACAUUAUCUUCAGGGGGGGAAAAAAAGAGAGUCUUUUUCGCAUGCCAGCUGGGAUCAUGGGAACUUCCAAUGCCAGGAAUUUCCUACUGUUUCUGGUAAUUCUGCUUGUAGUAAUUUGAAAUGUUGAAGUGUGAAAUGAGAAGAAGUUGAGCACCCCGGGGGCUGUCUGUGUUUUAUGCCAGUUGCACCAGCACACAGAAUAUUUGUCAAAUGCAUUUCAGAGUGGGUAUAAUUGUACCCUUUGUCAGAAUCACAAAGCUCACUGUGGUGCUGCUGAAAGCGAACACUGGGGGAGAAUCUGACCCUCAGAACCCAGUCAGCCCCACACAAGAGGAAAGACUGUGUGGUGAGCAGCGCACACAGCAAGUUUAUUUCUCACUGUUUUCUGAAGCCCAGUCCCUCACAUCAAGGACGUGUCUUUCAGGUGACGGUUCAUUUUGCUGAGGUUUUCCAAAACUUCAUUUAACACAGGGCUUGGAAAACCGAGCGUUUUGAAUUCCCUCCAGGCCUCCGGACAUCGUUUCUGUUUCCGUUGCCAUGUCAAUGAGACAUUCCGCGGCUGCAUUCUUUCACGAUCAAAGAACGCGCGCAUACUUCAUGAUGACCUCACGCUUGACGUACCUGAACCUGCAAAUGUAAAAAUGAUUGUAUCUGAAUUUGCACUAAUGGUGUCCGAUAGCAGAAGAGGUGUGACCUUUAUUGAAAUCCACUGUUUAAAUUCAAUAAUUCAGAUGUUACAUAACUUCUGCAAGCUUCUUGAUUAUCUUCACUGUAAGAAUUAUCUAAGUUUGAAUGUAUUUCUUUACAGCCCAUUAAUUUGCCAUCUAUCUUUUUACCAUUAUGAUUGCAAUAAUUCAUGAAAGUUUUCCUCACACGGCUUCUUAAGCCAAGUUUUUCAGUAAUCCUUCUGGUCCUGCUUACAGUAUGUGGGAAAUCUCUUCUUUCAUAGUAAUAAUUUUAUAAGAAAGCCAGUAUAUUGACUGCCAUAGUGACACAAUUCAUCUUUAAAGGUCUGGAAGCGGGUGGUGACCAAAUGUGUUCUCUCUGUUGAAUGCUAUUUUCAGAAUUAAAUCAUGGUUUUUCACUUUCAGUUACCGUCAACAAAUUUGGGAUUUUAGAAGGGGGAGAAGGGAGCAAUUUGUGUAAUACUGCUGUCAUAUUUGACUACAUAUUAAAAACAAUAAAUGAUCA